AACUGUUUCAUCUGUUCUUCCUACUUGCCUAUUUUAAUCAGAAAUUAGUAAGUAGAGCUUAUAUUCACUGAACUUGAAGAAUGCUAAUGGGAUGUCUGCAUCAUGUUGUACCCAGAGUACUUAUGCCAGAAUAGGAAAGCCUUUAAUUCUGUAAUUCUCUGAGGCAAGAAAAGCUUUCUGAAGAGUUACUUUAAAUUUAAACUCUCAUUCUAAUGUUAGGCAGCCUGUUGGAUCUCCGAGUUAAAAAUUGCUUCAGCUUUAGUUACUAGAGCCAGAUGUAACAUUGACCUUAAAUGGUAAAAGCUCCCAAGAGUGAAAGAGAGGCUGGCCCGAGGGGAAAAAGAGGAAUAACUGAAGUUUUAGGUGCACAAGGCUCGUGCAGACUGAGAUUGUGGAUCUUCACCCACAUCCACUCUACCUGUGACCUGCACCGCCGGGGAGUGCAGUGAUGAGGACACUGAUGUAUUGAUGAGGACAGUUCCCUGAUCCCUGGGCAGGUGUCAACACCUGCAGAUCACGAGGCCUCCCAGCGCUUAUGCCUUCAGGCUAACUUGAAACAGAUACUCCCAGCAGUGCAUGGUCCUCUUAGUCCACAUUGCAGCUCCACGUGCUUCACGCUGCCCACCAUGCCAACCUUACCUGAAGACAAGGGACAAGCAAAAGAGGCCCAGCACAACACUUCUCCAGCCAAAGACACAGCUGUUGAAGGGACAACAUGCAGCACACCUUCCAUUGUUCUUCCAGAGAAUGCUGUUAUGCCAGAUGUAGAAAUUGAUAAAAAUCUGGUUAACAGGCCUCGGAGUCCUCAUAGGAGACAUUCUAACCGUGCCACCAGGAAUUCAACAAGUUCACUGACUUCUGUUGACAACAGCGGUCAUGUGAUUGAUCUGGUAAAUGAUCCACUACCAGAUGUCAAAAUAUCAGAGGAAGACAAAAAGAAGAACCUUGAAUUGUUAGAAGAAGCAAAGAAAGUGAGCGAGAGGUUCCUAACACGCAGAGGCAGAAAGUCAAGAAGCAGCCUCCCAGAGUCACCCACAGCAGUUUCCCCUACUCUUAGUCCUAAAGUUUCACCCAUAGCAUCUCGGAGCAACUCUCUCACUCUUCCAUCAGGGUCUGAGGCAUGCACAACCACUAGUAUUGAGUCAGUAUCUCCAGGGCAGAAUAACAGAAUUGUGAAAGAGGAUGACAGGCAAACUGCAGAGAAUGCUGCAAAAGGAUUAAUUGAUCGAAGGCAGAAUGAUCAAAGAAAGAUUUCUCAGGGAAGAUUGGUUCCUCGUUCUGCUGCCUUUGAAAACUCCAAAGAGAAGCACUCAGACCAAAAGGAAAACUUUGAUCCAUGUAAACAUAUGGAUACUUUACCUAAAUGCUCCCCUUCAGCUGGCGAUGGUGGCAGAAUGUCUCUUAAUACUUGCAUGAAUGUUUGUGAAAAUGAACUUGGAAAAUCAUUCCUCAAGAAAGGAAAAGAAAAUGAUGUUCCUUUAAGAACCCAUCUACCCGGACCAGGAAUAGGAAAUAUGGACUCAAAGCUAAAAAUUCCUGUUCCAGAAAUGAGGGACCAUAAAGUUCCAUGUAAACCAGAAUUUAAACUGUAUGGACUGCGUCCUCCUCUAUUACGGGCUGUAUCCUGGGAUAGCUUGGAGCCUGGACAGAAAGAGAAAGCCCCUUUAAAAUUACCAUCUGAGGAAGAUAAAAGCUUUGUUGGUAAUAAAUCCAGCAAUCAGUUAAAAGCAUUCAAAGACCUUCAAAUCCAAGUUCAGCCAGUUCGAAUGCAGAAGCUGACAAAACUCAGAGAGGAGCAUAUUUUGAUGAGAAAUCAAAAUCUAGUUGGACUUAAACUUCCUGAACUUAGUGAAGCAGUGGAACAGGAAAAAGGCCCUUCACCUCUCCCUUCCCCCACUGAAGAGGAAGAGACAAAGAACAGCUCUGAUGUCAUGCCCAGCAUUCCUGAUGUACUGCUGCGAAAACUGCGAGUGCACAAAUCGCUUCCAGGAAGCUCCCCGCCGCUCACUGAAAAAGAAGUUGAGAAUGUAUUUGUACAACUCUCCUUGGCCUUUAGAAAUGAUAGUUAUACAUUGGAAUCUAGAAUUCACCAGGCAGAGAGGGAGAGAAAUCUUACUGAAGAGAAUGCUGAGAAAGAACUGGAAAACUUUAAAGCUGCCAUUACGUCUUCAGCUCACCUGUGGCACCACUAUGAGCACAGGGAAGCCUACCAGAAGCUCCUGGAGGACAUCGCAGUGCUGCGGCGUUUGGCUGCCAGACUUUCCAGCCGUGCCGAGAUGGUUGGAGCCGUUCGCCAGGAGAAGCGUAUGUCAAAGGCAACAGAAGUAAUGAUGCAGUACGUGGAAAAUCUGAAAAGGACAUAUGAAAAGGAUCAUGCUGAAUUAAUGGAGUUCAAGAAACUUGCCAAUCAGAAUUCUAGCAGAAGCUAUGGUGCAUCUGAAGAUGGGGUUCCUCGUUCAUCUAGAUCCAUGUCUCUCACUGUUGGAAAGAAUAUGCCCAGGAGAAGAGUCAGUGUUGCAGUCGUUCCUAAGUUUAACUCCUUGAACAUUCCUGGUCAGUCACCAACAGCUUCACCUAUACCUUCAAUGCCAUCCCUGUCUGAAUCACCCAGUAAUGGAAGGAGCAACCUGACAUCCACUCCUGCUCUGCCAGCACUUCUAGAAAAUGGAAAGUCAAAUGGAGAGCCUGACUGUGAAACCUCAGCUUCUGUGGUGACACAGAGUGGGUUGGAAGAGAUCAGUCCUGAAAUGAAAGCCAAGAUAGAAGAGGAAGCAUAUAACAAGGGAUAUCAGGAAGCCUUGAAGAAAACCAAAGAACUUCAGGAACUGAAGGAAGAAGAUGAAGAGACACCCAAAGAAAGUCAUGAUGAACAUGAAGAAAGUGAAAAUGAAGAUGAGAUAAAAAAUCUGAAAAGCAGCAGACUUGAAGUCGUCGUUAAUUAUUUAUAUAUCCUGUACCCCAAACUGUGCAAACACUGGAAUGUGUUGUGGCUUGUAGUGGCUGCAAUAGUCAUUUUUGCUGUGGUGUUGGGAAUCUACCAUUCCUACAACUCCUGCGAUGAAAAGUCAGAGGCACCUGAAGGGAAGGCCAGCUGUUCUGCGGCCCAUCAGUAUUCCUGGUGGAACUCAGGAUUCCGACAGGAGCAACGAACGGAAUAAUAAAGGAGCAACCACGCCCUUACGGUCCCUGAGCAAGUUUGUGUAGUAGAGCACCGUUGUUAAAGGUAGUGCUUAGUCAUCCCUAUGGCUGUUACACGUGAUCCCUUAAGUGAGUUACUCUCCACCACCAGGUUUGGGAUACAUGGUGAGCAUACCUUGCCAGGAAGCCAUUCUGAUAAAUACUCCUGUCUGUCCUCUUAUUGUAAAGGAUUCGUACAAAUAAAGUACUGUUGAAUCAUGGUAAGGUUGUGGCAGUAAUCAGCAACAAGCAAGACAUUUAAAAGAACAAUUUGCACAGGACAUUGACAUUUUGAAGACCAUCAUAAAACCUGCAUUUGCAGUUAGUGCUUUACUUUGUAUUUCCUGAAUUUAUUGUUGAUUGUUGAAGUACUAAUUGCAUUUAAGUCCUUUGGGUUUUAAGAGGCUAAUUAAUUUCCUUAUUCAUUAUUAUUGGGUAGAAAUAGAAACUCUUCCAUGGAAGAAUAUAAUUAUAUUCUAAGACCAAAUUCCUUGCUGCUAAAAUAAUUUUAUAAGAGGAAUUAUCUAUAUGAUUAUUUAAAUGGAAUGCUAAGUACAUGCAUAAAUAUGGUUUAUGAUAUACUUUAAGAAUGGGACCACCACCUUUUUUAAAAUGGGAUACUCAACAGAACCUAAAAUGGACUCCAGGUGGCACAGUUGAUAUCAUCCAAUAAGUCUGGGAAUGUCUGAUAUAUAAAAAUUUGCAAAAAAUUUACCUAUGCUACUCAGAGUCAUUGGUGGUUACAGCCAAAAGUGGUAGCUGCCUGGAAGAGUCCAUGUGCUGCCCAAGCCCAAAAUACAACAGUCUUGGACAUGGGAAGCAAUCUUCAAUUCUUUAUUGAAAGAAGAAAAAAGAAAACAAAAGCUCUUCAAACCUCUGUAUAGAGGUGAUCCCACGAAAUGGACUCUGCCCUACUGCUAACACUGGAAAUAGGUGUUGUUUGAGAUCUGCAGCAGGAGCACAGUUCUGAGAACAGCCAGAACCCAACCAGUGCCUACAGGGAUCCGGCCAUGGAAGCAGUGAGGGCUUAGGAGAGCUCACUGCAGGUUUUCAGUAGUUCAUUUUCAGAAUCUGAUGCCAAGACCAAAACUGAUCUGAUACACUUCCAAAGCUGAACUACCACUUCAGGAUAGAUCAGUCUUUUGCCCAGAUUUUUUGCCAGUUCUGCCAGUUUGGCAGUUGUGAGUUCUUAAACAAGAAUGUGAAUGUCACUGCAGGUGUGCCAUUUGUACCCGCUGAGUGUCACUUCUGAGUGAAGGUGAACCAUGUUUGUUUUUCCAUAGCUACAGCCACAAUAGCAAACCCAGUGUGACACUUGAUUGCAUUCCUGUCCUGCAUUCUCCUGGCAUUUUCUGAUUGAGAAAUGAGUCUGUUUUCCAGCUGAAGGAUAAGAGUGUUAUGAAGUACUGUAAUUUCAGUUCUGAUGCAGUCAAUAUUGUCCUGCCUUCUUUUGGUGGAAACACUGAACCUCAAGCUAACUGUCAAAGAAAACAGGCUUCUAACUCAGUCAGAAAUUUAAUUCACGUACCUGGCACUAGUACCAAGUAUCCUGCUGGUGAAUCUUCGUUGGCCACAUGUUUCUUAGGAGACAUUUAUAUGGAGAAAGAAAAAAAAAUUUAAAAAAGAGCAGACCACUAACACCUUUAUUUGGUUUUUUUUUUUCUUUUGGGUGUGGGGAAGGGAGUCUCUACCCAAUUUUUGUUUUAAAGUAUAUAUUAUUGAGGAUUAGUGUGCUUAAGGAAGUUUAAAAAGGAUAACGGGGAAGUGUGAUUUGGUCUUAAAUUGCAAUUGGUAAAGAAUAAGACAGGAGAAGGUUUCUUGCAAACUACUUGGAAUCUGUUUGGUCAGUUAGAAUUUCUGACUGUGAAGAACUACUGUGAUAUUUCAUGUACUUUCAGUAUUUAAAGAAACCUGUCAGUUGUUUCUUGAAUACUUCUUUACUACAAUUAGCUUCUUUAACUUAAUAUUCUUUACAAAUAGCAUUGAUAACUUAAUAAUAAGACAAUAAAGAUUGAAGGUAAAUAGUCCUAAUCAGAUUUCUCUAUGUCAAGAAUAUGGCAUAUAUUUAUGUGAUGGUGGAAAUGUUGGGCUGCACUGAAGAAAAAUAAUUAACAGUGCCUGUAAUUGAAUUAAUUUGCUUUUAUUUUCAUCUGAACUGUUGUGAGUCCAACAGCUUAUUUUAAGUACACAUAUAAAGUUAUUGAUAUCAACAUGACCCUCUAAUUGCUUAAUGUUAAGCAUGUGAAGAGGUUUUAUUGGUCAGUGGGUGAAUCUCCAUCCUCUCUUGAAAUUCAGCACACUGGCUUUUUGUGGAAUUAGUGCGCAAGGGACAAGUCCCGUAAGUAGUUGUACUGAUUUGAACUGAAUUACUUGCAUGUCUGAUGUAAGCAUAAUUUAGCCCCAAAUGAACUGAAAGAGGCAAGAGAUUUUAAUGGGGGUGCAAAAAUGAAGAUAAAGUUUAUUUUAAAAAAUUGUUCUUUUUAUAACUACUUUGAGCAAACUGCCCACAAAAAAUAACAAAUCACAAUGCCUAACAGCACACUAAAUAGCUAUGCUUAUAUUUUUCAGUUAUUUAAUUAAAACACCUUUUGUUUAAUAGGAAACUAGAUUAAGCUCAAAAACUAUUCUAAAUACAAUUUUAUCUAUUGGAUAUUAGUUUGCUUUAUCUGGAAAAAAAAGUCAAACAACCUCUUCUGUGUUCAAAGAUCACAUCAGAUAACAAGAAACAGACCUAUUAUUUAUGCUAUUAACACUGAAAUAGUUUUCUUGAGGUACAAUAUUUAUUUUUAUGCUUUAACAUGACACAUUUAUGGUUUCUCCUGCACAGCACAAAUGUUUCUAGCAAAAGGAACUUCAAAAGGGCACUAUUUUUGUGUAUCAUAUUUAAAUUUGUAAUAUUGUAAGAUUUUGCACAAGUGUGCUGGUAUUGUACUGUAUAGUAUCACAUACUUGAGUUUUGAAAUAAAAUUAUGGUUUCAAAGUG